AUGCCCAAGAGGAAGGUUAGCGCGGACCGAGCGAAGGCGGCGGAGCCCAAGCUAAGCUCUGCCAGGCUGUCGGCCAAGCCCGCCCCUGCCAAGGUGGACGCGAAGCUGAAGAAGGGAAAGGAUAAGUCAUCAGACAAAAAAGUGCAAAGCAAAGGGAAGAGGGGAGCAAAGGGCAAACAGGCUGAGGUGGCGGACCAGCAAACCACAGAUGUGCCUGCAGAAAACAGAGAGACUGAGAACCAGAGUCCAGCUUCUGAAGUAGAAGAGAAAGAAGCCAAGUCCGACUAA